CCGUGUUCGCGGGCGCGGGCCGGGCGGCCUCCGCCCCCGCCCCCGCCCCCGCCGCGGUGGCCGGGCGCCCGGCGGCCUCCGGGCUCUUUUGAAGAAGUAACUCGGCGGAGUGUCGUUCGCGGGGCCGCUCGCGCUGCAGGACGGAAGUCGGAGCCCGCUCCGUCGCCGCCGGGUGGGCGGGCGGCUGCUCCUGCCCGGCACCUGCUCGCCUGCGGGCCCGGGAGAGCUGGAGGGGCUUGGCCGAGGCCAGGCAGCAUCGGCGCUGGCGUGGGCUCCGCGGAGCUGGCCCGCGGGCGCCCGGCCCCUCUGCCCCUCUUGUGGCCUCCUGGCUUUUCCAGAAGCGUUUAAGGAGAGGCCGGUCUGCUGGUGGGAAUGCGUGUCCCGUCCAGAAGCCCAGGUCUGGCAGGAGCGGGGCCGAGAGCAGAGCUGGUGGGUGCAGGGGAAGGACGGGUCGGGGGCAGGGACCCUGUCAGAUGAGGAGCUGUGUGGCCUUUGAGGGCUAUUCCUCUUGGACCAAGUGGCCAGAUAAAGAGCUGCCGUGCCCUUCGGGAGAGCGGGGGUUUUGAAGGGCUGGUUGUGCUUAGAGCCACUUGGUACUCUGUUGUCGAGAAGAAAACUACAUGUUGGCUUUUAACUUGGUGAGUAGCCAACUGUUGCAUCUGCUCUGCCCCAGUAAAGACCCCUGAACUGGGCCCGGGCGCCCGGGGAUCCCCUGGGUGCAGGCUCUGGGGCUGACAGCUGGGCCUCGCCCAUCUCCCUCACAAGGGCUGGCAGGGCCAGCUUGGUGGUGGCUUGGCUGACCGCUCCCCAGGGUCCAGGGCUGGGGUGCAGGUGAGUUAGGGUCUGGCCGAUCAACUGCGGUGUUUUCCAUGCUUCUCCUUGCGGGGGGGCGGCGGCUAGUCUAACGUGAAACAGGUUUCUGCUCGAGGAAAGAAAAAGGAAACCGCAGCCUGAAAGUUCUCGUCUUCCAAGCGCACUUUGGGUCCGUCUGCUGGGAUUUCCUUUGGGGUUUAACAGCGCGAACCUUGGCUGGCUCUUCCCAGAGACUGACAGCCACCCGGGCCCACAGGCAGCCGUGGGCCUUGGGCUCCACCUUGAAAUGUUUGUCAGUUCCUCUCUUAAACAUCAUUUUGCCUCCUGUCAGUCAGGUGUGGUUGUUUGGAGGGUGGAGAGUCCUUGUCACCUGGUCUAAGGUGCCACUCUGCUUGGUAGGCAGUGGUCCAGAGUCAGGAGUCUCCCUCCAAGGGAGACGGAACGUAGGCUUGGUCAGUGACAGAUGGCAGACGUCCGAGGAGAGUAAAUUCCUGUAAAUGUCCGCGGCCAAGUCCAUGGCCAAGAUCUCAGGUGCCUGAGUCUGUGUGGCACGGGGUGGUGGGGGUGGCAGGUGUGCAGGGGUCUCGGUGCGGCCACUCCUGAGUCCCCGUAGAGGCUGGCUGGGGGCCUCCCAGGGGUGAAGCCUGCCCCCAGGCCAGUGCAAGGCUUCCCUCUUGGGUCCUGGUGGCCGGUCGCCUUGUGCCUCCGCGUAGGUGUGGGGGGAACGUGUUCCUGGGAGGAUGGGUUACUCCCGGCAGGGGUACUGCCGGGGUCAGCGCCCUGGGCUCCAGGGUGCUCUCCUGGGCUGUAGCAGGGCGGGGGGCGCCGGGGACCAGAGCCCCUCACGGGCCGGCCUGGUGCUCACAGCCUCCUGCCCCUGGAGUCCAGCUCUGGGCUGGGCUUUCUCCGGCAGCCCUGCUCGGGAGGGAUGUUGUGCUUGGCUGGGUGACCUAAGAGGGUGGCCGGCGAGCGCUGGAAACGAGACUGUCCUGGAAGGACCCGAGACCGUCUUGGAAGGACCCGUGGGCGCGGGAGCCUCUGCAGGGCCACGCCUCCGCCCACCCGCUCUGGUCCCUGGAGUCCCCGGGGAGGGUGGCCUGGUGGGAUGAGUGAUUUUGGAAACCUCAGGGACCGGUGAGCGGGGGGUUCGUUUGAUAGCGCGGGAGUCUGCGCCGCCCCCGCAUCCUCCGCGCCGAGGUAACGUGUGCCUGGUCUCUUUCAGGGAGUCGGUACCAAAUGAGGAGGAAAGGCCGAGGUCAUCGCGCCGCAGCGAGGCCCCCUUCCUCCCCGAGCAGCACGAAGCCCUCCCCCGCGCGCGAGACCCUGACCUACGCGCAGGCGCAGAGGAUGGUGGAGAUCGAGAUGGAGGGGCGCCUGCACCGCAUCAGUAUCUUCGACCCCCUGGAGAUCGUGCUGGAGGACGACGCCACCGCCCAGGAGAUGAGCGAGUGCAACAGCAACAAGGAGAACAGCGAGCGGCCGCCCGUGGGCUCGCGGACCAAGCGCCACAAGAACAACCGCGUCAAGAAGAAAAGCGAGGCCCUGCCCAGCGCCCACGGCGUGCCCGCCUCGGCCAGCGCGCUGCCCGAGCCCAAGGUGCGCGUGGUGGAGUACAGCCCGCCGUCGGCGCCCCGGCGGCCGCCCGUGUACUACAAGUUCGUGGAGAAGUCGGCGGAGGAGCUGGACAACGAGGUGGAGUACGACAUGGACGAGGAGGACUACGCCUGGCUGGAGCUGGUCAACGAGAAGCGCAAGGCCGACUGCGUGGCGGCCGUGUCGCAGAGCGUGUUCGAGUUCCUGAUGGACCGCUUCGAGAAGGCCUCGCACUGCGAGAAGCAGAAGCAGGGGGAGCAGCAGUGCCUGAUCGACGAGGACGCCGUGUGCUGCGUGUGCAUGGACGGCGAGUGCCAGAACAGCAACGCCAUCCUCUUCUGCGACAUGUGCAACCUGGCCGUGCACCAGGAGUGCUACGGCGUGCCCUACAUCCCCGAGGGCCGCUGGCUCUGCCGCCACUGCCUGCAGGCCCGCGCCCGGCCCGCCGACUGCGUGCUCUGCCCCAACAAGGGGGGCGCCUUCAAGAAGACGGACGAUGACCGCUGGGGCCACGUGGUGUGCGCCCUGUGGAUCCCGGAGGUCGGCUUUGCCAACACGGUCUUCAUUGAGCCCAUCGACGGCGUGCGGAACAUCCCGCCCGCCCGCUGGAAGCUGACCUGCUACCUCUGCAAGCAGAAGGGCGUGGGCGCCUGCAUCCAGUGCCACAAGGCCAACUGCUACACCGCCUUCCACGUGACCUGCGCCCAGAAGGCCGGCCUCUACAUGAAGAUGGAGCCCGUGAAGGAGCUGGCGGGCGGCGCCGCCACCUUCUCCGUCAGGAAGACCGCCUACUGUGACGUGCACACGCCCCCGGGCUGCACCCGGAGGCCUCUGAACAUUUACGGGGACCCGGAGAUGAGAAACGGCGUCUGCCGGAAGGAGGGCUCGCUCAAGACGGUCAGGGCCACGUCCAAGGUCAGGAAGAAGGCCAAAAAGGCCAAGAAGGCACCGCGGGAGCCCUGCGCCGCCCUGCCGCCCGUGUGCGCGCCCUGCAUCCCCCCGCAGAGGUUAAACAGGAUCGCGAACCAGGUGGCCAUCCCGCGGAAGAAGCAGUUCGUCGAGCGCGCGCACAGCUACUGGCUGCUGAAGCGGCUCUCCCGGAACGGCGCCCCGCUGCUGCGCAGGCUGCAGUCCAGCCUGCCGUCCCGCAGGAGCCCGCCGCAGAGAGAAAAUGAUGAGGAGAUUCAAGCCGCUAAAGAGAAGCUCAAGUACUGGCAGCGGCUGCGGCACGACCUGGAGCGCGCGCGCCUGCUCAUCGAGCUCCUGCGCAAGCGCGAGAAGCUCAAGCGGGAGCAGGUGAAGGUGGAGCAGAUGGCCCUGGAGCUGCGGCUGACCCCGCUCACCGUGCUGCUGCGCUCCGUGCUGGACCAGCUGCAGGAGAAGGACCCCGCCCGGAUAUUCGCCCAGCCCGUGAGCCUGAAGGAGGUCCCGGACUACCUGGACCACAUCAAACACCCCAUGGACUUUGCCACGAUGCGGAAGCGGUUGGAGGCGCAGGGGUACCGGACGCUGCGGGAGCUGGAGGAGGACUUCGACCUCAUCGUGGACAACUGCAUGAAGUACAACGCCAAGGACACGGUCUUCUACCGCGCCGCCGUGCGCCUGCGCGACCAGGGCGGCGUGGUCCUCAGGCAGGCCAGGCGCCAGGCCGACAGCGUGGGCUUCGAGGAGGCCUCGGGGAUGCACCUGCCCGAGCGGCCGGCCGCGGCCCCCCGGCGGCCGUUCUCCUGGGAGGACGUGGACAGGUUGCUGAACCCGGCCAACAGAGCCCACAUGGUCCUGGAGGAGCAGCUGCGGGAGCUGCUGGACAAGCUGGACCUCACGUGCUCCAUGAAGUCCAGCGGGUCGCGGAGCAAGCGGGCCAAGCUGCUCAAGAAAGAGAUUGCCCUGCUGCGCACCAAGCUGAGCCAGCAGCACAGCCCGCCCCCGCCCGCGGAGUCAGGUACUGGCGGCCUGGAAGAGGACGGUGCUCGGCCGGGGCCGCAGGCCGGCGAGGAAGUCCUUCCGAGGUUGGAGACGCUCCUGCAGCCAAGAAAAAGGUCGCGAAGCACCUGCGGCGACUCCGAGGUGGAGGAGGGGUCCCCGGGAAAGCGCCUGGACACAGGUCUCACCAAUGGCUUUGGGGGAGCGAGGAGCGAGCAGGAGCUGGGCGCCCCGGGGAGGAAGGCCACGCCCCGCCGCCGCUGCGCCUCCGAGUCCAGCAUCUCCUCCAGCAGCAGCCCGCUCUGCGAUGCCAGUUUCAGCGCGCCCAAGUGUGGCCGCGGCAAGCCAGCCCUGGUCCGCAGGCACACGCUGGAGGACCGCAGCGAGCUGAUCUCCUGCAUCGAGAACGGCAACUACGCCAAGGCUGCCAGGAUUGCGGCCGAGGUUGGUCAGAACAGCAUGUGGAUUUCAACCGAUGCUGCAGCCUCUGUUCUCGAGCCCCUGAAAGUCGUGUGGGCCAAGUGCAGCGGCUACCCCUCGUACCCGGCCCUGAUCAUUGACCCCAAGAUGCCGCGCGUGCCCGGCCACCACAACGGGGUCACCAUCCCGGCCCCGCCGCUGGACGUGCUGAGGAUAGGCGAGCACAUGCAGACCAAGGCCGACGAGAAGCUCUUCCUCGUCCUCUUUUUCGACAACAAGAGAAGCUGGCAGUGGCUCCCGAAGUCCAAGAUGGUGCCGCUGGGCAUCGACGAGACCAUUGACAAGCUGAAGAUGAUGGAGGGCCGGAGCUCCAGCGUCCGCAAGGCCGUGCGCGUCGCCUUCGACCGCGCCACCACCCACCUGAGCCGCGUGCACGGGGAGCCGGCCAGCGACCUCAGCGACGUCGACUGACCGGCCGCUGCCUGGCACGGGGCGGCUGCGCUGUACAUGCUGUAUACUGGGCAGAGCUUAACUUAUUCUGGUUCGUAGGCGAAGUCGCCCUCUUCCUUCCCAGGGAGGAGGACUUGUUCCCCGUUUCCUAGGCCCCGCCCCGGCCGGGCGCUCUGAGCCCGGCGUGGCCGCGUCGCCGCGUGUGACUCCGCGUCCUCGCAGGUCACCCGCGGGUGCUGCUCGCCUCACUUCCCUUGAUCUGGAGCUUUUUUUUUUUUUUUUAAAGACUUCUGAAUGUUUAAUAAGUUUGUACAUCAUUCUCUUUACACAGAGUACCACUUAUUUAAUAAGACGGGAUGUAAAUUUACGACGACAAAUGUGUAUUUUAAGAAAGAAAAUUACCUUAUUUUGAACGGUACUUUGUGGAAAGAGGUGGAGAAUAAAUUUAUGCCACGCGCAUCACUUGCAAAAAUCACCAAAAACCCUCCGCCGCCCGGGAGGGCCGGGCGGGCACGUCCUCCCGCCAGCCUCCGCCUGCCCGCCCCAGGCUCCCACGGGUGUGCCUCCCAGCGGGUUAUUUAUUGUAGAAAGUGUAUUCAUUUGCUUUAUAAUGAAAAAUAAAUUUGCAAAAGUAUAUUGAUAUGCAUUUUUAUACAGGCACAUAAAAAUUCAACUUACUUUGGGAGCAGGAUGUGUUGGUUGGUGUAUAAAUGACUGGCUGUGUGUUUUUGAUUUUGUAACUUGUAGUCUUUUGUUUACAACGAGGGGCUUUUUCUGUAACUUGUUUUCGUUUAGGAGACUUUGGUAGCAUAGGGACUUUGGAUACUUUUUGUAUGGUACAUGUGAUGUAUAUAGAAUUAGGACUUUAUUUUUAUUUCUAAGAGGUAAAGCAUUAUGUUAGGGGAAACGGCGGGGUGGGUUUCCAAAAUGGCAUUUUUAUAUUAAAAAAUAAAGUCAAGAUUUGGA